AUGGAUAAAACUUGGAUGCAAAAGAAUAGACGAAGCAAAGAAUAUUGGGAUGGUUUGCAAAAAUUCUUAGAUUAUGCAUUCCAGAAUUCAAGUAUAAAUGGGAUGAUAUUAUGUCCAUGUAAAGAAUGUAAGUGUGGUGUAUGUAUUACCAGGGAGAAUGCAGAACUUCAUUUGAAAGUUUAUGGUUUUGUUAAAGGAUACACCCAUUGGGCAGCUCAUGGAGAAUUUGUUUACUCUAGUGCACCAAAACCUACUUCCUAUGAUAUCUCACAUGGGGUACGGGAUGAACUUGAUGACAUGCAUGGUUUGGUUCAUGAUGCAAUGGGAAUUCCUGAACAAGAUUAUACAAGGAUAGAUGGAACUGAAUACAAAAGCCAAUUGCCCAAUGUAGAAGCUGAAAAGUUUUACAAUCUAAUUGAUAAUUCUAACAAAGAGCUUUACUCAGGAUGUAAAAGAUUCUCAAAACUUUCCUUUAUGAUUCGGCUGCUUCACCUCAAAUGCCUUGGUAAACUCAGCAACAAAAUUUUUGAUAUGUUACUUGAUUUGUUGAAAGAAGCCUUUCCAGAUGCGAUGGAUGGUUUGCCUAAGUCUUAUUAUGAAGCUGAAAAGUUAAUGAAGGAAUUAGGACUUGGGUAUGAUAAAUAUGAUGCAUGUCCGAAUGACUGUACUUUGUAUUGGGGGGUAGAUGCAAGAAGAAAGCAUUGUGAAACAUGUAAAGAAUCUAGAUGGGUUAAAUCUGAAAAUGAUUCGACUGGCCAUAUGAGAUGGCAUGCAGAAGGUCAUACUAAGGAUGGUAACAUGAGGCACCCUGCUGAUUCUCCAUCUUGGCAAACAUUUGACUUUCAUCAUCCAGAAUUUUCUCAAGAUUCUCGUAAUGUGAGGUUGGGCCUAGCAUCAGAUGGAUUUAACCCAUUCAAAAAUAUGAGUUCAACUCAUAGCACUUGGCCGGUUAUGCAAUCCUCUCCGGAUGGAGCACUAAAGGAAAACUUGCAUGUCCUGUAUGCCAUAAAUACACAUCUUCACAGCAUCUGCGUCAUUGGGGAAAAUAUUGCUAUAUGGGGCAUCGAAGGUACUUUGGAAAUGAACCAUCCAUUUCGCAAAGAUGCUAAAUCUUUCAAUGGAGCUGCAGAGUAUGGAAAACCACCAGGAAGGUUAAUGGGGUCUACAAUUUUAGAUGAGUUAGCUGGUUAUAGUAUUAAACUUGGGAAGACAGUUAGUGACAAUCCAGAAUUGCCAUUUAAUUGGAAAAAAUUAAGUAUUUUCUUUGAUUUGCCCUAUUGGAAAGACAAUAUGAUACGUCAUAAUCUUGACGUUAUGCACAUUGAGAAGAACAUCUGUGAGAUCAUUGUGGCUACAUUGUUGAAUCUGGAAAAAACCAAAGAUAAUAAAAAGUCACGUCAUGACCUUCGUGAUAUGGGUAUAAGAUCAGAAUUGCAUCCCAUUGAGAAGGGAAAUGGUAGGAGUGUUCUGCCUCCAGCUUGCUUUACAAUGAAAAAGAAGGAAAAUGAGAUAUUUUGCAAAGUUUUGAAAGGGAUAAAAGUUCCAGAUGGCUACGCAGCAAAUAUUUCUAGAUGUGUUAAAGUAAAGCCACCAAAAAUUUCUGGAUUAAAAAGUCAUGAUUACCAUAUUUUGAUGCAACAACUUCUCCCAAUAGCUCUACGCAGGACUUUAUCAAAAGCAGUUCGCUCUCCUUUAGUUAAAUUGAGCAGCGAAGCAAAAAUAGGAGGGCCUGUCCAUUAUCGGUGGAUGUAUCCUAUAGAAAGGUAUUUAGGAACUUUGAAAUCCUACGUCCGAAAUAGAAGUCGACCAGAAGGCUGUAUUGCUGAAGGCCAACACCAUAAAAUGGUGAAGGAGCAAAAUCCAUGUGCUGGAAAACAUGUCAUUGAGCGUAUUCAUUGUGAGAACUUUGCAGAUUGGUUUUCGGACCAUGUUAAGCAGAUUCAAGUGGCUGAUGGUGUUGACAUCUCCAAAGAUUUGAAACUUCUGGCUAGGGGUCCAAAUAAUGUGGGGAGAACAUAUCAAAAGAUUCUUGUCAAUGGCUUUCGCUUCCAUACAAGACAAUUAGAAUCUCAGAGGAAAACUCAGAAUAGUGGGGUUCUUGUCAAUGCAACAACAUCAAGCUUUUCGAGUACUAAAGAUAAUAAUCCAAUUUUAAGUGACUUGGCUUACUAUGGUAUUUUGACGAAUAUCCUUGAGUUAAAUUACACUGAAGGCCGAACUGUCACCUUAUUUGAAUGUGAUUGGAUAUCAAAAGGCAAAAGAUUAAAGCAAGAUGAGGAUGGAUUCACAUUGGCCAACUUCAAGAAUGUAAAGCCUCACCCUGAGCCAUAUGUGAUAGCAACCCAAGUUUCACAAGUUUUUUAUGUUGAAGACCCUUUAGCUGAAGGCUGGAGUGUUGUUGUUGCUACAUCUCCUAGGAAUGAGUUUAUGAUGGACCCCGUAUGUGAUAUUGAGAUGUAUUUGCAGAGAACAAUUACCUCAACAACUCAAAUGGACAAUGAGAAUGAAGACAUUCGAUGGGUUCGAGAAGAUGAUGGAGAUGAAAUACUCCACUAG